CGGAGAAUUUGGCAUUUCCUCCUAAAAUACAGGGGCAGGGGCUAAACUAACUCCGGCUGAGGGCGUGUCGUUGAUAAAGAAAAAAAGACCGAGUAGAUGCAGCAGUCUCUUCACAAGGUUCUGUGCACGGAGGAUGAUUAUAGACUAAAAGGAGAAACUUUAUAAGCAUUUUCCCUCUCCCUUCCUCCCUCCUCUCUCUCUCUCUGUUUCUUUCUCUCUUCUCCCCUCCCUGUUCCUGCCCCUUCUCUCACUCAUUCACUCAGAGUCUGUCACGCACACGCACAGAACGCCUGCCUCUCCUCCAGAAGAAACCCUCCUCCAACCUCAGGCUUCAGAAGAGGACGAGAACCUCUCUCCAGACUCCAAAAUGAUGGAAAACGAAGUGUUCGCUUCUUUCACCCUCUACAGCACAAUCCUGAUUUUAAAAACUUACGUAGUGGCCAUCAUUACUGGACAAGUGAGGCUGCGGAAGAAGGCCUUUGCCAACCCAGAAGACGCCAUGAGACACGGAGGCCUGCAGUAUUAUCGGAUCGACCAAGAUGUGGAGAGAUGCCUCAGAGCCCAUCGGAAUGAUAUGGAGACCAUCUUCCCCUUCCUGUUUCUGGGAGCCAUCUACUCCUUCCUCCACCCCAACCUCUUUAUAGCCCGGAUACACUUCCUCGUCUUCUUCGUGGGGCGGAUGGUUCACACCGUGGCCUACCUGAUGAAGUUGAAAGCUCCCACCCGCUCUGUGGCCUACUGCCUAGCCCAGCUCCCUUGUUUCUCCAUGGCUCUGCAGAUCCUCCUGUCCGUCAUAAAGAACUGGUGAUAGGCAACCGAGUGUGGGGCCACGCUCUGAAGAGGGAGGACGAUGACCGCGGGUUUCCAAGAGACCCUGGCACCCCAGCAGCCGCCCUCCCCCCCCAAAACGUGCCCCCUUCUGGAUCCUCACUGCAGGAAUUUCCGGAUUGACGAGCCUCCUGGAUGGCGAGCAACUUGCAGGAUGCCUCUGCUUGUGUGAGCGUGCUUGCUUUCCCAUAUAUUUAGAUAUACACCUGAGUGUGUGCGAGUGUGUAUGAGUGCAUGUACGCCCAUAUAUUUAGGCAUACAGGUGCGUGUGCGUAUGCAAGUGAGUGUGUGUAUGUAUGUGCGCCCAUAUAUUUAGGUAUACACGUGUGUGUGUUUGUGUAUGUAUAUGUGUGUGCUUCUACGUCCAUAUAUUUAGAUAUUUAUGUGUGUGUCUAUGCAUGUGUACUUAUUUGUGGGCAUACGUCUAUGUAUGUACGCCCAUAUAUUUAGGUAGACGUGUGUGCGUCUGUAUGUGCAUGUGUGUUUGUGUAUCUGAAUGAUCGCAGGUGCUUGUAAGUGUGAGAAUGCUUGGUUAGAGGCAGGAGGGGAUGACUGUUGGCAUAAGGGUAGAUUAACUCCAGGAAUUCAGUGGGAGGCUGGAGACCAAGGGCUUUAUUGAGGUGGCCCUUCAGAUACAAACUCCACUAUAGUAAUCGAUCGGUCGAUCAUACUGAUUAAGCUGCUACCGUGUGCAGAGCUCUGUACUAAGCGCACGGUAGAGUACAAUAGAAUUUCUAGACAUAAUCCCUCCCC